AGCAGUACUCAACAGCAUUAAAGAAAAUGACUUCCACAGUGCUUUUCAAGAGUGGAAAAAAAACGUUGCAAUCACUGCAUACGUUCUCAAGGAGACCAUUUUGAAGGAGAUGGCAGCCAAAAUUGAGUAACCAUGGUCUUUCUAGAAAGCAUCACCACUUUCUGCUGUGUCACUGUAAGGCGUUGUGCCUGCUGCAAGAAGAAUGAAAUGAAAUCUACACAGAACAGUACAUCACAGACACCAUCAAAGACGUUGCACCCAAUUUGGACAACUGACACAGCAAGCUAUGAUGCAACAUCUACCAUCACCACUCAGGAAGCCAUGUCCCCGUCACAUACUGGCAUUCUUAAUCACAAUUUCCAACCACCAGGCUCAAAACCUCAUGCCAACUUGCCAGAUGUUACUGCAGCCUCAUCCAUGUUCCCACGCAGAGGAACGCUGACGUUCUCUCCUCAGGGUCAGUUAUGUGAGGAUAAGCAAUAUUACCACAAUGAGAAGGCGCUGCAUGAUGAAUGGUACUUCACUGGUACCUUCACCCAGGAUCCUCGCAGAUCAAAGGAAGUGACAGAGCUGUAAUGUACAUCACGUGUGAGAUCAAGACCAGCACUCACAUUGCCAGUCAAGUUCACUGCAGGAACAUAUACAUUAGGGGCAAUGACAUGCUGACAGUAGGCAGCACCAUAUAUUUUGUCCUCACCGUAGCAUAUUAUUGGUUUAUUUAACAAUGCUUUUCAUUACUAAUAUUAAAUAGUGCUGGAUCACAAGACAAUUGGUAAAUAAUGAAUUGGAAAUAAUUGAGCUUAAUUUAAGGAAUUAUCAGGGCAUUUAUGUGUCAGGAAUGAGAAAAUCCAUGAAAACUCUUAGUCAAGACAGGUCUUCAAGCUCACAUUUGAAGCUGAAACCUCCCAAAUACGAAACACAGUGCUAACCAUUUGCACUAAAUCAAAGACAAACAUCAAUAUGGAAGGGAUACAUGAUACAUUAUAAGUCAUGCAAGUACUAGUGGUUACAAUCCAUCAUCCAAGUGAUGUUGAACAAGCUGGAACACAUCUACUAGCAAACUUCAAAGAACUUGUGGUAAAUGCAGAUGGUCAAUUACAUGUACUCAUCUUGAUAAUACACACCACAGACAUUAAUUCAAUCAAGAUUUGUACUACAUUGGUAAAAACAUUCAUAAUCAGAAUAAAAACUACAGAAUAAUUUUGAAAAUUGACAAUUUGGUAUGAGUACUGGCUUGUGAUGAACAUCUUCAGUUAGUUCGGUUCAUAAAUUAUUUAAUGCCACUGUAUUAACUGCAAAGGCCAUCCAGUGUCAUAUCAGAUGAAAGUAAAAUCAUGCUUGGUGACCUGGCUUGGGUUGGAACGAAACCAACAGUGACCUUAUUCCAUAGCAUUUUACUUGAAAAGAUGAAAAUUGUGAGAAACCUCAGUCAAAUAGCCAGUCUCUUAGCAAUGAUUCAAGCUGCAUACCUUUCAGAGUAAAACCAUGAAUAUACAAAGGCACAUAUUAAACUAUGGCAGGCAAAACUGGAUAAAUUAGAAAACUGUGGAUACUUCAUAUCCAUGGUUAGCAAAAUCACUGUCUUAAAGGACCUGCUGUAUUAUUCCCACCAACUGACAAAUUUAUACAAUUUUGUAGCCAAACUCAAUGAGAUCAGCUUAUGUGCACAUUCUUUGUUAUUAACUAGAACAUAACUUUCCAAGAUGUUGCUUGUGAACAAAUUUUAACGGCAAGCGAUGCAUCCCUCUUCUCCACACUGGCAGACUGCAAUAUACUUUCAUUAUUUUUAUGUUUUGCAUCCUACUGUGUAUGCGAAUGUUCAGGUUUGGCAUCAUCAGACGACAAAGUGGGUUUUUUACUACUGUAUAAUAAAACGCUGUCAAAAACCCAUGUUCUUUUUGUGGCGGUACAAAACCCAACUACACUUUCAUUAGCUGCACCUUUGAGCUUUUCUCAACACUGACAGUUAUAACUGGUAAUGCUAGGAGAACCAGAUGUCUGAUAGGUCACUGCUUACUUCAUUACCCUGUAUGAACUGAAGGACAACCAGUCGAAAACCCUUUCCAGGAGGGAAAAUGUCACAGAGAUAUUCCAUUCAGACAGUCAGACCUGUCUCCUCAAUGUCAGAAUUAUCACCUGUGAGAGCUUCUCAUACAUCCUUGCAUGUCUUUCACAAGCACCUUUAGCAGGAUGUACAAAAAUCUCCAAAGCUGCCUAAAUCUCUCUUCAAUAUGAAAUCCAGCAGAACAUCCAAAUAUUAUAGGGCACACGAUUUUCCACCUGAAUAUUAUUUUAGACUGAAACAUUCAUCAAGAUCCUCAGACAAAAACUCUUUCUUCUCACAGGACAAACUAGGGACAUUCUUGGAAUGUCACAUCAGCAUCAAGUUCUUUCACAGUGGUAAUCAUCUAUGCAUAUCUCACAUCCCUGCAGGAUUCCAUUCAUUUUUCAUGAAAGUAGCAGCAGUUAUGAUGUUCAUUGUGAUCUCCUGCAUAGCCUUACUGAUGAAGAUCACAGAGAAUGAAAUAUUGUGCAACACCACAGAAAUUUUAUCAUUUGGUAUGCUAAGCAAUUUAUUUUGUGCCUAAUACAUGCCUUCAUUUGAGACAAUUCUGCAACGUCCAUAAAUGCCUCAAUAUCUCACUUGAUAACGAACACUAUCACAUGGUCUACACAGCUUUGACAGCAAGUUGAUUACCAAGAGGAAGGCCAUACGAUUUCUAUAUAGGGAUAAAAGAGCAUGGAGUGCUUCAAAAAUUAUGACAGAAUUUUUUAACGAUUAUGGAGCUACUGCAGAAUCAAUUAAAUUGAGGAAAUGAAAGUCACAAGGUAUAAAUAAAUCUUGGUAAUUCAUCUCAAAUACCCUUGCCUGAAUACCUGUGUUCCAACCUUCUGCAUACCAUACCAUUAUUUGCUAUCUGAAUCAUAUCCCCAAUAUUUGCAAUACAUCUGACAGUAAACGACACAUUUUCAAACAGCUUACAUAGGAUGUACAAUCCAAUGGGGCAUACACUAAUUCUUGGCUUUUCUCAACCUAAUCUGUAUGUGCUCCAUCACCUUACUGUCCAUGACUGUUCAUUCCACAGUAGUGAUCUUCUCAGUCUUUUUAUGAUGUCACAUAUGUUCACCUAUCACUUCAUCAUUUUUUAUUAUAAAAAUUUGUUGAGGAAUCCUGAAAAGCCAUCAGACAUUUUACGACUCCCAUCCAGUGAGAAAUUUCUUGAUUUAUUAUUUUCUGGUGCUCUGUAUCAAUGCACUUUCAGCAUCUAUUCACUUGCAGUACACAAUUCAGUUGACGGAUGACUAUUCAUGCUGCUUCUGAAUAUACUGCUUGCACCUGCUUUCAUGCAGGUUUCUUACUUGGCAUAUUCUCUGUCCUUGAAGAUGGAGAAAUGUUCCUCUAAAACAUCGGGUAACUUUAAACUGACUACACUGCGAUAUAUGGCAGAAUACAGGACUUUUAA